AUGAAAACUUUGAUUGUUUUAGUUGUUCUCUGCAGUGUCACUGCAAUCCUUGCUGCCCCUAAAGACGAAGGAAAACAUCAUGAACCACAUCAUGAGGAACACAAGGAGGAACACAAAGAAGGACACAAAGAAGGCCACAAGGAUGGACACAAGGAGGAACACAAGGGAGACCACAAAGGAGACCACAAGGAAGAACAUCAUGAACAUCACGAACAUCAUCAUCCUGGACCAAAGCCUGGACCAAAACCUCCCCACGUUGAAAUCGAGAAGAAGUUAGAUGUCGUCAUUGGAAAAUUGGAUGCAAUCGUAAGAGCAAUUGAACGAUUACACCCAAAGCCCAAGCCAACACCAAAGCCAACCACAGUUGCUCCAACAACUUCUGUUCCAACAACUGCUGCACCAACUGCUGCACCUACAAGUGCACCAUCAACCGAAGCACCUUCAGAUGAUUCAACCACUUUAGCAUAA